AGCAGGAGCGAAGCUACAAAAAGAGAGGGAGGAAUAGAGAGGGAAAACAGCAGGGAGGGCAGGAUAGAGAAUGACAAGGAAGUGACAGAAACAAGCCUGCUGAGGAGGAGGAGGAGGAGGAGGAGAGAGAAAGAGAGAGCGACUGAUGGCAACAAGUGCAGCUGGCUUGUGCUGAGAGGAAAAACCCUGCAGGUCUGGUCAAUUCUUGCGGGGGACGCUGUCCACUCUUUCUCCCAAGAUGAUGAAGAGACAGUUCAACCGGAUGCGGCAGCAGCUCAGCCACCCCAACAUCAGUGGACGAGCCCUGGAAACAGCUGAAUACUUGACUGAAGACUUGCUACAGAUUGAACAAAGAGUUGAGCCUGCAAAGCGUGCAGCACAUAAUGUACACAAGAGGCUUGUGGCUUGCCUCCAGGGCCCAUAUGGGGCUGAUGUGGAAAAACGUGUGAAAAAGUUGUCUUUGAUGUCACUGUCUGUUACCAUGGCCGAGAGCUUCAAAGAACUAGACACUGAUUCCAGCCUUGGGAAAGCUUUGGAAAUGAGCUGCUUCAUUGAAGGCAUGCUGGCCAAGAUCUUAGCAGAGUUUGAAAUGGCUCUUGAGCGAGAAGUCCUACAGCCUCUGAAUAAGCUGAGUGAGGAGGAGCUGCCCGUCAUCCUGAAACACAAAAAGAACCUUCAGAAACAUAUUCUGGACUGGAACACCAUCAAGAGCCGUUUGAACCAAGCGGCCAAGAACUCCGGUAACAGCGUCAAUGCCAACACUGGCCCAGCAGCAUCCUCUGCUGCGAUCAAACUGGAGAAUCUGAAGGAAGAAGAAGAAGAGAUGAAAAGGCGGGUUGAACAGAGUAAGGAUGAGUACAUGGCAGACCUAUACCACUUUUCCACCAAGGAGGACAGCUAUGCUAAGUACUUUAUCAAAUUGCUGGAAAUUCAAGCGGAGUAUCAUAGGAAGUCCUUGGGAUCUCUGGACGCUACCUUGGCAGAACUGAAAGAGACUCAUAGUCAGCCAGACUCCCCAUUCCCAAUGGAUACAGCUGUGCUAGGAGUAUAUGGGAUGCCUCUAGAAACUCAUUUGAAGAACUCUGGGCGGGAGAUUGCACUCCCCAUUGAAGCUUGUGUCACAAUGUUGUUGACUUCAGGGAUGCAAGAAGAGGGGCUCUUCCGGUUGGCAGCUGGGGCUUCUGUGCUGAAGAAGCUGAAAUACUAUCUUGCCAUUGGCUCAAGUGCUCUAGACGAAUUCUAUGCAGACCCCCAUGCAGUGGCAGGUGCUCUGAAAUGUUACCUGCGGGAGCUGCCCCAGCCCUUGAUGACCUUUGAACUCUAUGAUGAUUGGCUCAAAGCUGCCACUGUCAAAGAGCCAGAAAGUCGAUUGGAGUUGCUCAGGGACGUUUGCAACAGUCUCCCCAAAGACAACUACAACAACUUGAGGUAUCUGAUCCGGUUUUUAGCCAAGUUGGCUGAGCAUCAGGAAGUGAAUAAAAUGACCCCAAGCAACAUUGCCAUUGUCCUAGGACCCAACUUGUUAUGGCCCCAACAGAGUGAAGGGAGCUCUGUGCAACUAGAUAUGGCCUCUGUAUCCUCUAUACAAGUUGUGGGAGUUGUGGAACCCCUAAUACAAAAUGCUGAGACUCUAUUCCCAGGAGAUAUUGACUUCAACAUCUCUGACUUGCUCACUCCUCCGGUAUUGGAAAUCAAAGACAGUGAAGGUCCUUCAGUGGAAGAGUCCACAUCCCACCUUAUCCCUGCUGAGCAAGUUUUCUCCUUGCCUGGAGAAAGGAAAAACCUUGAGGUGGCCACAGGAACAGUUCUGCCAAAGGUGACCCAACCCCCUGCUGAAGCAGCAGUCUCCUUUCCUGCUCCUCCUGCUGAUGAUGCCUCAGCCUCACGCAAAUCAAAGCGAGUUGCCCCACCGCGACCCACGGUGCCUCCACCCUUAGCCCAGCCUCGAACUCCACCUCCUGUGCAGCGUCAGAGCCAACCUCCUGCCUCAGAGCCUCCUCCCAUCCCUAAAGCCCUCCCUCGAAAAACAGCCGGAGGCUUAGCGCGCGCUCCAUCCAUACCACCACCCCUUCCGCCACAGCCGUCCAGGCGUCUGAGUCGCAAUGCUUCACCAUCCCCAAAGACUCCUUCGGAACCUGUGAGCAAUGAGGCGGCAGCAACAGCAGCUGAAGAACCUCCAGCUGAUGACUGCAGUGCAGAAACAUCUGAAGGUUCCACGCCUCUGGCAACAGGACAUGAUGAGCCAACAUCUGUGGGAGAAAAUGGCUCUCCAUCAGCAUCUGAUCAGAAGGUCCAGGCACUGGAGAAUGACUGAGGCAGAGAAGCAGCUACACGGCAUCAUUUCUGCCAGCCAGUUUCUAAGGAAGGAGAAAGAGUAGCAUUUGAGGCAACAAUGUACAUCAAACAAAGCUAGCAGUUCCUGGUGGGAAACACAUGUGCCAUAUUAACUCCUCUCACUGUACUGCAUUGGAAGCCACUGCUCAUGCCUGCAGCCUCAAAAGCAGUCUUCUCUUCCAUGUGCCUCCCUUUCUCAUCCUUUUUUCCUGCUUUCCUAUCCCUAUGCCUUCUCUUUUUCAAAAUUCCAUCCUUCUCCCCAUAUCGAUCCUUCUUUCCCUGCUCUCCCCCUCCCCAAGCUACAAAGCCAAUUGUAUACAUUCCAUAGAAUGAGAUGGUAGAAUUCUGAAAUUCCUUUUUUGAAUGCCCACCAACCUGCAUUAAAAAUUCCCUGCAUCUAGUAAACCAGCACAGGUUUAGAGUAGCCAUGCUUCUGAUGUGGUAUUAUUGAAUGUUCCCUGCAUGUAGAAAACUACCCACUCCUCUCCCACUGGCAGCCUGCAGCCCAGGCCAGAAUUAUAUUGCUUCAGUCUAUCGCCUCAUUCUGCAUAAUGUGUGGAUGAGCAUCUACCUAUUCUCUUUCUAGUUAUCCAUAACGAUAUAUUAAUUCAAAUGAUCUCAGGGAUUAUUUUGGGUUUUAAAGGAUAAGGCAUUACAAAACUGUUAAGAGACCAGCACUCCCUUUGCCAAGCAGCUCUGCAAAUCCAGAUUGUGGCAAAUCUUUCAAGGAGGAGUCUAGUAAAAAUUAAGGUGUUGUCCAGCAGGACUGCUGGAUGCAGACCUUGCAAACAGUUGCACAGAAAAUUCUGCCAUUUGUGACCUUCUCUAUUAUAAAUCCUGCAGUGACAGCAGACACUGCCCUUAGUAGUAUUUUCCCUCUUAUCAACUCUGAAAGGCACAGGAGUCCUCUAGAGAUCUGUACCUGGCAACCUUAAAUACAGUGUACGGAUUUUUUUGUAUGCAGAACACAGACAUGGGGCUUGUACCUCACUUAAUUUCUUUACAGGUGAUUACUGGCAGUUGAAUGUGUGAACUGAGCAGCUUGUUUGUGGGAUGAUUUGGACCUCACAGACACUACAGUCACACAUGCAAGUUAGGAUGUACACGUAAACCGGCUCCAUGUUAGAUGGAAGAUGGAUAGUGGGUCUUUCCUCUGAAUGCAAAACUAUAAUCCUUAUGUUAUGGAUCACUUCUACUACAGGCACAUGUGCCUGACAAGUUUCAAAAUAUUAAGCUAUCAUUACUUCUCCAAGAAAAACUUGGUUAUAGUUUUGUAAAUGCUGAGAAUACUUUGUGAAAAAUGCCUGGCCCAUUCAAAGGAAUAUGCAUCCUAGGAUUUGGGGGAAGGGAAUAUGCAUGGCAAUUAACUACUUAUAUUUGCAAUGCAGAUGCCUUAAGAAUCUCUUUACAUUAGUUUCCUUAGGCUUUGGCAGAGGGUGGAAAUGACUUAUUUUUAUACGUAAUUGAUAAAUUAUUUUUUAAAAGUGGGGUCAUAUUUAUGACUAAUGUGAGGAGGUUUCUUCAUUUUUAAAGAAUGUCUCUCUUUUGCUUGUAGCAAGGAUAAAUUUAGCUCUUGGAUUGUUCUUGAGAGAACUGUGUAAAAAGAUAGAGCCUUGUGACAAAUACAUUGUGGCAUAACCUUUCAUGAACUAGAGCCUAUUUCAUUAAAUGCAGUUUAUUAGAUGCUGUUUUUUAGCUUCAUGAUUUGGAAAAAUCUUUCUCUUUUAGUACAAUAUCAGGUU